UCCUUAAACGUCUAAUAAAUCAAAACAGAGGGAGUAUUAUCUACACACUCCUCCACCCACAGAAUUUUUUAACCAGAAUACCAGACAUUGAGCAAAUCUGUGAAUUUACAGAAACUCGUUUUAAAUAAAUAAUCAAAUUCUCAGUCACCCAAAAGUCAAUUAUAUCUGUCUUUCAUUCCCUGCUGCUUGUUUAUUCUCGUGUCUGUCUUUUAACUCCAUUUUGGUUUUUUCCCGUUUAAUUUUUUACCAAUAUAAAUCUCUUGCAACUCUAUUGUUUCUGCAUCUCUAAUCCCGUUUCUUGAAUUUUCCUGGUGAAUUGAUAUCUGGGUCUGUGUUGAUUGUGCUUAAUCUUCAACAUCUUGAUUGGACUCCCAAGUCAACUAGGCAGCUAGGAGAUGGGAGUUUACCUCAGUACUCCAAAAACUGACAAAUUUUCUGAAGAUGGUGAGAAUGAUACACUUAGAUAUGGUUUAUCGUCUAUGCAAGGGUGGCGUGCUUCUAUGGAAGAUGCUCAUGCAGCACUGACUGAUCUUGACGAAUGUACUUCCUUUUUUGGGGUAUAUGAUGGCCAUGGAGGCAAGGUGGUUGCUAAAUUUUGUGCCAAGUAUCUUCAUCAACAAGUGCUCAAGCACGAAGCUUAUGCUGCUGGAGAUGUUGGGACUUCUGUUCAGAAAGCCUUUUUCAGAAUGGAUGAAAUGAUGCGUGGACAACGAGGUUGGAGAGAGCUUUCUGUCUUGGGUGACAAAAUGAACAAGUUUACUGGCAUGCUAGAAGGUUUAAUUUGGUCCCCGAAAGGUGGCAACAGUAAUGACAAAGAUGAUGAUUGGGCUUUUGAGGAGGGUCCUCAUUCUGAUUUUACUGGACCGACUUCGGGGAGUACAGCUUGUGUAGCAAUUGUCAGAAACAAUGAAGUCUGUGUGGCGAAUGCUGGUGACUCUCGGUGUGUAAUAUCUAGGAAGGGUCAGGCAUACAAUCUUUCCCGAGAUCAUAAACCUGAGCUUGAAGUUGAGAGGGAGAGAAUUUUAAAAGCUGGUGGUUUUAUCCAUGCAGGCCGAGUUAAUGGCAGUUUAAAUCUUGCAAGAGCUAUAGGAGACAUGGAAUUUAAGCAGAACAAGUUUUUGCCAGCAGAAAGGCAAAUUGUAACUGCCAAUCCAGAUAUAAACAUUAUUGAGCUUUGCGAUGAUGAUGAUUUCAUUGUGCUGGCUUGCGAUGGUAUCUGGGACUGCAUGACAAGCCAGCAACUUGUGGAUUUUAUACACGAGCAGCUGCAAUCGGAAAGCAAGCUUUCCACAAUAUGUGAAAGAGUGCUUAAUCGAUGCUUAGCACCAUCUACUGCUGGAGGUGAGGGAUGCGACAACAUGACCAUGAUUUUGGUACAGUUUAAAAAACCCAUCAAGUCAGCUGUGCCUGCAGAUGAGGAAGCGUCGGCCUCUUACGAAUCUGACGUAUCACCCAUCAAAUCGGCUACACCUGCAGACGAGGGAGCCUCAGCUUCUAAUAAAACCGACGUAUCACCCAUCAAGUCGGCAUCAGCUGCACCUGCAGAUGAUGAAGCUUCAGCCUCUAACCAAUCUGACAUUGUAUCAUCCUCGUCUCCUAAAGGCGACUCAUCAAACUAGUGGCUGCAGUUUCACUUCAUCUCAAUCAGAUCCCUUGUCAUAUUGAGCCAUUACAAAAAUAUUAAGUAUUCAGUGUGCCUGACAAUGUGGGAUAUCGGGAUGAUUAUAAUUGGUAGAUGGUUUAGCUUGAGCAGUCACAUUUUAUGUUUUCCUUUUCCAGUUUUAUGUGGUAUAUUUGUACUGUGAGGGUCCUUGGCUUUUGAUAUGUAUAGUUAAUUCAACUAAAUAUGGUCACCUUCUGAACUUGUGCUUCUGUGUCUUACUUAAUGUUUCUGCAGCAUAAUUUAUAGCAUUUCAUUUUAGAAUC